UACGUGAUUGUCUUCGCUAGCCGCGCAGUUGCCGAUGAGUGGUGGCGCGCCGUGUCCACUUCUAGCACCACCAGGUUCUCGAACAGUAUUCAGCGCGCCAACGCCCAGUUCUACACCCAUGACGUGGACCAGGCAAACGCUGCUGAGUGCCUCACUGUGAAGGGGGUUGCGACCCAAUCCCUUGGCAAGGUGUUUUUCUUGUUGCUGCACGACCUGGGUGGUCGAGAGUUGAGCAUCAUCCCGUCGCCUGAUUUCGCGGACUACAUCAGUGGGAACUCUUUCUUCAUUCGCUCUAAUGUCUCUCCUUACGAUUACUGGUACUGUCCUCACUACGACACGUCAGCCUCGGUCUUUGUUUCGUGCACCGAACGCACUCGCUUCCGUAUUAGUCUCAGCGCUGGGGGCACGUCAUGA